CAAAUCGUCGCGGUUUUUGCCUUUAAUCCCACUCCAAGAAUCACAGUUACGUCUCUCUUUUACCUUUUCAUUCAACUGUUUCCUCCUGAUGGGUUCCCUUUUCUUGUGGUAGGUUCGCCUUCAAUUUCUGUAUCUGUAAUCCCAGUUUACUGUUUGGAUGCCGAGAAAUCGUAGGAAAAGAGGGUUUUUUUGGCUUUCCUUUUGAGUCAAGAGGGACUGAAACCGUUGAGUUAUACUACGUGCUCGAUUUUUUUUUUUUUUUUAUCCUGGAGAAAUAGGAGUUUGGUGUAUCAGGAAAAUUUGCCCUUUUUUAUUGUUUUUUUUUUUUUCCUUAAUUUUCUCGGGAACCAAACGCUGUGGUUAUUGGACGAAUGGCUUCUGCUCGGGGGCUCACUUCCCUGAUCGAAUUAUCAUUUCCAGUUAAGCGUCACCCACUUUUGGUUUCUAAUAAAUUAUGUACGACUUUCUAUACCAAACCCAGUUGGAGAAGAAUCUUAACAAGAGUCUGGAACCACCAAAAACCUAGCUUUGUUCUUCAAAGGAAACAGCACAAAACUAGAAAAAUCAGCCUACUCAAAUCGGUAGAGUUGGACCAGUUCAUAACGAGUGACGAUGAAGACGAAAUGAGUGAAGGGUUUUUCGAGGCAAUCGAAGAAUUGGAGCGGAUGGCGAGAGAACCCUCUGAUAUUCUCGAAGAAAUGAAUGAUCGUCUCUCCUCAAGGGAGUUGCAAUUAGUCUUAGUCUACUUCUCUCAAGAAGGGAGGGACUCUUGGUGUGCACUUGAAGUUUUUGAGUGGCUCAAAAAGGAGAAUAAGGUUGACAACGAGACGAUGGAGCUGAUGAUUUCGAUAAUGUGUAGUUGGGUGAAGAAGUUGAUUGAAGGGGAGCGUGAUGUUGCUGAUGUGGUUGAUCUUCUUGUGGACAUGGAUUGUGUGGGUUUGAAGCCGGGUUUUAGCAUGAUUGAGAAGGUGAUUUCAUUGUAUUGGGAGAUGGGGAAGAAGGAAAGAGCAGUUUUGUUUGUUAAAGAGGUGCUAAGGAGGGAAAUUGCAUAUGCUGAGGAUCGUGGUGGAGGACAGAAAGGAGGCCCAACUGGCUAUCUAGCUUGGAAGAUGAUGGUUGAGGGUAACUACAGGGAUGCUGUCAAAUUGGUGAUUGAUCUAAGGGAAUCUGGAUUGAAGCCAGAGGUUUAUAGCUACCUAAUUGCAAUGACAGCAGUGGUUAAAGAGCUUAAUGAAUUUUCUAAAGCUUUGCGUAAGUUGAAAGGUUUUGCACGAGCUGGUUUGGUAGCUGAACUUGAUGAGGAAAGUGUUGGUCUUAUAGAGAAGUAUCAGUCUGAUCUUCUAGCUGAUGGUGUACGUUUAUCUGGUUGGGCAACUCAGGAGGGAAGCUCUUCACUUUACGGGGUGGUUCAUGAGAGGCUUCUUGCCAUGUACAUUUGCGCUGGUCGGGGACUUGAAGCUGAAAGACAGUUAUGGGAAAUGAAGCUUGUUGGUAAACAAGCUGAUGGUGAUCUGUACGACAUUGUUUUGGCUAUCUGUGCUUCUCAAAAGGAGUCCAAUGCUAUAGUUCGGUUGCUUACCAGAAUGGAGGUUUCAAGUUCUCUCCGUAAGAAGAAAACUUUAUCAUGGUUAUUAAGAGGUUACAUCAAAGGAGGUCAUAUCAAUGAUGCGGCAGAAACAUUGAUCAAAAUGCUGGAUUUGGGCUUGCAUCCAGAUUAUUUAGACAGGGUAGCUGUUAUGCAGGGACUGAGGAAGAGAAUCCAACAACCCGGAAAUGUUGAAAGGUAUCUUAAUCUUUGCAGGAGCCUUUAUGAUGCGAGUUUGAUUGGACCUUGCUUGGUAUACUUGUACAUAAAAAAAUAUAAGCUUUGGGUGAUCAAAAUGCUUUAGAUGUCUCUGGUGAAAGUGCGGACCAAAUAUUACAUCAGAGGUACGUCUUAAGAGUUUUGUUCUUGGGUUCUUAUAAAUAAUUGUAUAGAUGGUGGCUACUGUAUACAUAAAUAAUAGUAUGUUCUCCAGAAUGUUCUCACAUUAUUCUUGUUCUCCUUGACUCUUCUGAGAAGACCAUAUUCUUUAGACAUACAUCCAAGUGUAUCGUUUGAUUGUCUGGGAAUCCAUGAGUCUUUUGAGAAAUCGAAUCUUGAUCAACAAAAUGAAAAACAGAAACGUAUUCAGUUGUCAACGAAAUGACCCAUUAACAAAUUCUGCAAGAAAACUGGAUGUAGGGUUUGUUCCUCACAUGGGUUCCUAAGCAUGUGGCUCUCCAUCUUGGCUCUAUGCUGAAAGCCCGGAAAUUCUCCUUUAGGGACCAGGAUAUAUCGUUUUGAUAUUGUUCUUGCACAUGGGUUAGGACUGAGGUUAUUGUC